GGCUGGGCCACGUGCCGGCCGCCACUCGCUCCAGCGGCUCUGCGGGCGCCCUGAGUCUGCACGCGCGAUGGCCGAGAGCAAGGCGGCCACGUCGGAGCAGGGCUCCCACUUCGCGGUCCGGGGCUCCGGCGGCCGAAGGCAGUUCGUCGGCGGCCGGGGGCGGCGCGGGAGCAACCAGAGGGGGUCCUUCCCGGUGAGGGGGGCGCACGACGGGAACGGGCCCUGGCAGCAGUGGCCGCGCCAGCAGAGGCGCCCAUCGAGCCGGGGUCCACGGCGCCCCCGGGCUGGAACGGCAGGCGGGGCGCUGCACCGCCCCGAAGACGGCAGCGAGGGCGAGUCGCACCCCGAAUGCAGCUCCGGCGCACCAUCGCCCUCUCGGGGCCGGGGUCGGCGCCCCCGACGGCCGCGCGCAGACAUGGGGCACCGCGGCCGCAGGUCCCCUCCCGCCCCGCCUCGCGGCUGUAUCUUCUACCGCUUCCCGCCGCCGCUGGCCCGGCUGCUGCCCCGCCCGAGUCGGGCGGGUUUCCGAGCCCGCAGGCGGGGGGUGUCCCGCGCCGACUUUGCGCGCUACGUCCGCGAAGAUCCUUUCGAGGACAGUGGCCAUGAGACAGAAGGUGAGCUACAAAGGGAAAGACAGAGAGAGAAAGAGAAACAGCACAGUACUGCUUCGCCACUCAUGAAGUUUCCCCUUCCCGUGGUGCUACCAUGUGGUGGCCAAGGGCUGGAACCCAGGUCCUCCCAAAUGACACAGUCUCCUGGUCUUCGCUAUGACUCUUUGGAUCAUACCUUAAGGAUCACUGUUGGCAACAACUACUUCCGGUAUGUUGGCAUACCAGCACAGCAGCAUCUUAGCGAUGAUGGGCUGGUGUCACCUGUGAAUAAUCUGGAGGUUCUGGACAGGGGCAACCGGACAGAUGAUUCAGCCUUCAAUCAAAGUUCAAAAUGCACUCAACAUCUUGAACGACUUAUUUUCAAAGAGGGACCUUUGAAUUCCUUCUUAAGUCAGCAUGAUAAAGGCUGCCAAACAAGAGAAAUCUCUCUGCAUUCUUCUAAUUCUAGCCCUCAUAUGAAUUGUCAUGAUGAACUGUUGCGGAGAACAGAACAGAACAGAGACAAACUGGAAGGUUCCUACCAUACACAACCUGAGGAAAGGAGUCCAGAGGCCAAACGGCCCCGUUAUGGUUAUGAUGACACAGAGAAGAUGCACAGCAUGGGAGAGGGUCACCCAGGUUUUACAUCAAGGACAGGCAAUAAUCAACAAUUUAGGCAAAGCUCUGACCCAAAGAUUCUGGACCCUCAAUUUCAAGAAUUGAACCUUGCCCAGCAAAAUCAAGAAGAGGGGGAGCGAAAAGUUGAUGUUUCUGACACUAGCUGUUUUAAAUCUGAAUUAUCUGAUACCCAGCCAAGAUCAGCACCAGUUCAUUCUUUACAUCGUCCAGAGGAAGUAUCUGUGAUACCAAAGAAGCUGACUUUGAAGAAGGAGGUUGAGGUGGACAUGGAACCUUCUGUGCAGCUUGACAGUUCUUCCAGCAAUACCAAUUGCAGCCAACAUAACCCUAUCCCCUCUGGUCAUCCAUCUCUUCCACUCAGUGGAGCUACUGCAAAUAGUCCCUUCAGAGAGAAGUUUGGAAGUUCUCUUUGCCAUGCAGACAAAUUGGAAAUGGCAUCUGAGGAGCCGAUGCAAUCUACAGACGACUUGCUGCCCCAUGAAAUUGCCAUUCAGGAUGGCAGUGGGUUUUCUCGUAUCCUGAGUAUGUUUUCAGAUUCUACCAGCACACGGGAAAGGGGGCGACUUAGUUUCUCUGAUAUAGAAGACGAGGAAAAAUUUCUCUACGGGGAGGAAGAAAAGGCUAUAAAAGUCGAAUCUUCACCAAGACCUCUAGCAGAUUCAUCACUUCCAGCCAUUAAGUUGGAACCAACAGAAAGAUCUAAUCCAGAAAGUGCUAAGAUUCAUGAGUUGGUCAAAAGCAUGGGGCUGGGUAACUUAGUAGCUGAGCUUAGUAAAAUGGCUGAAUGCACCCACCAGCAACAACUUCCUAAGUGUAAAGAUGAGCCACAUGAUAUGAAGAGCACUGGAAACCUUAACCAUCAACACUGUGAAAUGAAAGCUCCUCCACUGAACCAGAAGCCGAAAUGGUGCUUUUUUUGCAAAAAGCCAGAACAUUGAAUAUUGAUUACUUUCAAACAUAAGUGCUUUAUUCUCCUUGAGCUUUCUCUCCAGCUUUUAUAGGGUCUUCCCAGUUCCCAGUGGCAUGGAUGGUUCCAAGAAGCCACAAGGGCUUUCCCCAAUCUUCUCCCUCUUACCUGGUUCCACGAGUCAGCCUCAGAUUGUGAAUGAAUACCUCUCCUUAUUGACAGAGAUGCAUACCUCACCUUUUUUUUUUUUUUUUUUUUUUUUUUAACCAGAGCUCAACUCAGCUCUGAUUUAUGGUGGUGUGGGGGGUUGAACCUGGGCCUAUAAGAGCCUCAGGCAUGAGAGUCUGUUUGCAUAACCAUUAUGCUAUCUACCCCUGCCCCAUACCUACCUUAAUCUCUUUUCCCUCCUCCCACAGGGUUUAUCACUGGGUCCCAGUGCAAACACUUCUAGUCCACUGCUACUGAUAGCCAUUUUUUAAAUCUUUUUUUUUUCUUUCUAUUUUAUUUGACACAGGACAAGAAAAGAAAUUGUAAGCAGAGAGUUGAUAGGAAGAAAGAUACCUGCAGACUUGCUUUGUCCCUCUGGAAAUUUCUCUUAAAACAGCCCCUGAACCUUCUUUCCUUUUAUUUAUGUCCUUUUCUCUUUAUUUUUCUUCUCUAUUUAUUAGGUGGAUACUAACGAGAACUGUGAUGCCUGGAGAUGCUUGCAUUCCUUUUCAUGGGACCCUAGAUUUAAGCUUCAGCACCACAUAGGAGCAUUAGAGCAAUGGAGUAAGUUCCAUGGUUGGUGGAGUGGUGCUCUUUCUGCCAAGCAGUGAUCACCAAGUUGAGCACACACACAGGUGUCUCUCCCUAUCUUUCCCCUCCCUCUCAACUUCUGUCUCUUUACAGUAUAAAUAAACAUAAGUAAGCAGAUAAAUACUUUAAAAGGAUGAAAGAGUAGGUCUGGGAGCAGUGGAAAAUGUCUUACUCAAACUGGUUAUACUCUCCCCAAAGAAGGAAUUAAUGCACAAGUUAAUAGUAAGAAAUAGUUGAGUCAGCUAAGUAAGUGGACUUAACUUGUAAUUUGUUUUCAUGAAAAAGACCUGACCACUGCUCAGCUCUAGCAUAUUAUGCUAGGAGUUGAAGCUGAAACCUCUAGGGUCUCACAUAUGAGUCUGUGCUAUCUUCCUGACCCUAAGUUAAUUAUUAACAUCCUUUGUUUGUUCCACAAGUUGAUUCUGGAGACAAUGAAUUGUUUUUGAGAAUCAGUGCUUGUUGAAUAAACUACCAUCCUCUUGAAUGAAAUCUCCCAGUUGAU